AUGAGGAAGCAGCCGUCGCGGAUCGCGUCGGGCAUGCGGCGGCUCGCGUCCAAGGUGUCAUCGGUGAGGGUGCCGGAGAUGCGGGGCCUGAAGCGGACGCACUCCAGCGCGCAGUCGGGCCUGCGCGGGCUGCGCUUCCUCGACAAGACGUCGGCCGGCAAGGACGGCUGGAAGUCCGUCGAUAAGCGAUUCGACGAGAUGAGCGCCGACAGCCGCCUGCAAAGGGAGAGCUUCGCGAAAUGCAUCGGUAUGGCCGAUUCCAAGGAGUUUGCAAGCGAGGUGUUUGUGGCAUUGGCAAGGCGAAGGAAUAUCAACCCGAACGAUGGGGUAACAAAAGAACAGCUGAAGGAAUUCUGGGAGGAGAUGACUGACCAGAACUUCGAUUCACGACUACGCAUAUUCUUUGACAUGUGUGACAAGAACGGUGAUGGAAAGCUCACUGAAGAUGAGGUCAAAGAGGUCAUUAUGCUAAGUGCCUCAGCAAACAAGCUUGCCAAGCUGAAAACUCAUGCUAAAACCUACGCGUCACUGAUCAUGGAAGAGCUAGACCCUGACGAUCGUGGUUACAUUGAGAUCUGGCAGCUCGAGACACUGCUCCGGGGGAUGGUGUCGGCCUCAGCACCGCCCGAGAAGCUCAACCUGGCGUCGGCAACUCUGGCGAGGACGAUGGUCCCUUCCAGCUACCGGAGCCCCAUGCAGAGGCGCUUCAACAAGACCGUGGACUUCGUGCACGAGAACUGGAAGAGGAUAUGGGUCCUCUCGCUGUGGGGGAUCCUCAACAUCGCCCUCUUCAUAUUCAAGUUCGUCCAGUACCGGAGGCGCGCGGUGUUUGAGGUGAUGGGCUACUGCGUCUGCAUCGCCAAGGGCGCGGCCGAGACGCUCAAGCUCAACAUGGCGCUCAUACUGCUCCCGGUGUGCCGGAACACGCUGACGUGGCUCCGUUCGACAGGGCUCAGUAAGGUCGUACCGUUCGACGACAACAUAAACUUCCACAAGGUUAUCGCGCUUGCGAUCGCGACGGCAUCGGCAACCCAUACGCUUGCUCACGUAGUCUGCGAUUUCCCGAGGCUGGUCUCGUGCCCGAGGGACAAGUUCGAGGAGAAGCUGGGGCCCUUCUUCAAUUUUGUUCAACCAACCUGGCCGUCUCUAUUGGCGAGCAUCCCGGGAUGGACCGGAAUCCUCCUGAUCGUGAUAAUGUCCUUCUCCUUUACGCUGGCGACGCACUCCUUCAGGAGGAGCGUCGUGAAGCUGCCGUCGCCGCUGCACCACCUGGCGGGCUUCAAUGCCUUCUGGUACGCACACCACCUGCUGGUGAUCGCGUAUAUCCUCUUGGUGAUGCAUUCCUACUUCAUAUUCCUCACCAGGCAGUGGUACAAGAGAACGACAUGGAUGUACUUGGCAGUUCCUGUGUUAUUCUAUUCCUGCGAGAGAACAAUCAGAAAAGUUCGCGAGACCAGUUAUCAUGUGAGCAUCCUCAAGGCAGCAAUAUACCCGGGAAAUGUGCUAUCUAUUUACAUGAAGAAGCCACCAAGCUUCAAGUACAAAAGUGGGAUGUACCUAUUUGUGAAAUGCCCAGAUGUUUCGCCGUUUGAAUGGCAUCCUUUCUCGAUCACUUCGGCACCCGGAGAUGAUUAUUUGAGUGUUCAUAUCCGUACAUUAGGUGAUUGGACAUCAGAACUCAGGAACCUGUUUGGGAAGGCUUGUGAAGCUGAAGUAACUUCCAAGAAGGCUACACUAGCAAGACUUGAAACCACUGUCGUGGCAGAUGGUCUAGCAGAGGACACUAGGUUUCCAAAAGUCUUCAUAGAUGGCCCUUACGGUGCACCGGCUCAAAAUUACAGGAAAUACGACAUUCUCUUGCUUAUUGGGCUUGGAAUAGGCGCAACUCCUUUCAUCAGCAUACUGAAGGAUCUACUAAACAACAUAAAGUCCAAUGUGGAGCUGCAGAGCAUGCAUGAUGCCGAGUUAGGCUGCAGCUUCAAGACCAAUGGGCCAGGAAGAGCCUACUUCUACUGGGUAACAAGGGAACAAGGAUCCUUCGAGUGGUUCAAAGGUGUCAUGAACGACAUCGCCGAGAGCGAUCACGAUAAUGUAAUAGAGAUGCACAAUUACCUGACCAGCGUAUAUGAAGAAGGUGAUGCAAGGUCAGCCCUGAUCGCCAUGGUCCAGUCGCUUCAACACGCCAAAAAUGGUGUGGAUAUCGUCUCGGGCAGCAAGAUACGGACACAUUUUGCGAGGCCAAACUGGAGAAAGGUAUUCUCUGAUCUGGCCAACACCCACAAGAACUCACGCAUAGGUGUUUUCUACUGUGGAUCUCCAACACUAACAAAAACCCUGAAGGAUCUUUCGAUAGAGUUCAGCCAUACGUCAACAACUAGGUUCCAUUUCCACAAGGAGAACUUCUAA